AUGCACGUGAAAGGGUGCCAACUCAUAAGCCUGGUUGAAGCGCAGGCUCCACCUGGCGUUGUCGGCAAAGGCUGGGAGGUCUUCCCUGUCAUUGUAAUUAAGACCUACUGGACCUACAAAAAGGCUGCCAAGAAAGUUCGCCAGUACGUCUGGACCUCCACCGUAGAGACAUCAGAUUUUUCGGCAAAUGAGGCCUUGCCGGGAGUGGAAGCAGUCGUAUCGCAUCCCCCCCUCAGAAUGCCUUCACCACCUGCAUUGAGCUCCCGCUCGUUGGUGGGGGGUCAGCACAAGACCAGCCAGGCAGGCAGACGCCAACCUCAGCUGCAACCUCAGCACAGCCAGGAGGAAAAUGAGGGGGUCACCUCUGCAUCAAGUUCCCAUUCGUCAGCCAUAGGUUACGAGGAUGACCUGGCAGAGACCCUGCAAGCGCAGGAAGUGAACCAGCCCCAGGACAACCAGAAGGCCAGUGAGGAUCCCAGUCGUGUCCAGCUGAAAAUGAUACACCUUUUCGUCGAAAUUCGACAACAGAAUAGGGACAUCCUGCAUCAGUUUUCACAGCUGAGGCAGGAUGUCCUAGACAUCUCUGAGAGGGUGGCCUUGCUGGAGGCACCGGCAGCUCAGGCAGCACGAGCCCCACAGGUCCUGCCCCUGAUUCUCCCAAGGCUGCCAGCCGAAAGCCUUCAGGAGUUGGAGGCAGCAGAGGCAGCAGUCAAGGAGAAGGGUGUAGCCAAAGCCUUGCAAGAUCAGCUGCUGAAGAUUGGGGGCAGGAACCUUUCAGAGGUAACUGCUGGCAUCAUGAAGAGCAUCAUGGGUCAUCCGGUCCAGGUGCUCUUCAGCCUCUACGGCCGCAAGGGCAAGAGGGCCUUUAUCAAUUUGGGCCUGUGCACCAUUGCAAUAGAUGCCAUCUGUCAAAAAAGGUCCGUGGACAGGGUUCAAGCCCAGGCAGUCAUCGGGAGGUGGCUGCCCGGCUCAGUGGAUCGAGGAGGGGGCAGGAGAAGGAGAUUUGAGGCAGCCCUUGUCUCUGAGCUGCCUCUGGUCCAGCCCCUGCCCCUGGUCCAGACCCCUCCUCAGUUCAUUCCUGAGCCUGCACACUAAGAUUGCUGCCUGGACCCCUGCCAAGCCCACCCAAGCAGAUGCUAGU